AUGGCGAGACAGACGUGUGUCAGUGGCCUCAGAAAAAAGAUUCGGGCAGCGUUUGGACGCCCGAAACCGGCAACAACCGCUCCUGCCCCCGACAGUGUCACUGUCGAAACGAAGCCGACCGUCUCGACCGCCCCUGCAGAGAACCACGAUGACCUGCCCAAAGGUCGGCCGCAGAAAUUGAUUGAAAUUCCUGACGGCAAACCGUCGAAUCUCUGGCAAAGAGCAGAGCAGCAAUUGUGGGACAAUCCGGACAAGCAGCGACUUCUACAAGCUACUUACGAAGCACUGAGCUCGGAGUUGGGAGGAGAGCUACAACCGAUCGGAUCUUCGAGCCGUCAGGCCCAGCUGAAUGAGCUGUUCCAGCGCCGGGCGGAUGCACUCGAGAAGGAAAAAUGGCGGAUUCAAUUCGGCGACCACGAGGUCCUGGUCCAGGACCUGGUGACCAGUACUUUUGACAAGAUGCUGAUGGUAAAGGAUCUGGUGAGCACAGCUGCCAGUGCCAGUCCCCCGGCCGCAUUGGCCUGUGCCGGACUAUCGGUCGUCUUCACCCUCGCCCUUCAAUCCACCCAGCAACAGGCGAUUCUGCUUCGUACCCUCGAUUACACCUCGGACCUGAUGUGUCGCUUCCAAGUCAUGGAAGAUGUCUAUCGAUCCGGUGGGGAGGCUGUGGCUGCGUCGGAGAAUCAUCAAGAUUUGAUCGCCAGAUUCGAAGACCAUCUGACAGAUUUGUACGCGGCAAUCCUUGGCUUCCAAGCCCAGGCACUGCACUAUCUCGAAAAACGCAGUCUCACUCGCUUCGUGGGGGAUGCUUUCGACCACGAGGGAUGGAGUGGGAUCUUACAGGACAUCAAAGAUCUCGAGUCGCGUGCGGAGAAGGAUUCUAAGAUGAUCGGCGCCACCAACGUCAACCAAAGGCUCUGGCAUAUCCAAAACAAUCAGGAGCACGAAAAGGCGCGAACGAUCAUUGAGCAGCGGGAUAAAAUGGCUCGCAAGGUACUGCGAACCCUCUACACGUGCCCGUAUAGAGACCGGAAAGAUCGAAAUGGUACUCGAGUGCCUGGGACUUGCGAGUGGUUUACGCAUCAUCGAUUAUUCGAGAGUUGGCAUCAGACUGCCGGGUCCAGUCUCCUGUGGGUGUCGGCCGAUCCCGGCUGCGGCAAAUCCGUGUUGGCCAAAUAUCUCAUCGAUGAAAUGCUGCCCAGCAUGAAAGAGUGCACGAUCUGUUACUUUUUCUUCAAAGACGAUUUCUCGGACCAGAGGACCGCAGUCAAUGCACUCUGUGCGAUCUUGCGGCAGAUCUUCCUCUCCCAGCCACAUCUCCUGCGAGAAUCUAUUCUGGACAAGUUCGAUACGGAUGGUGAGAGGCUGACCAAGUCAUUCCAAGACCUCUGGUCGAUUUUUACCAGUGUGAUAGGGGAUCCAAAUGCGGCAGAGAUUAUCUGUAUUUUGGAUGCUCUCGACGAAUGUCAGGAUGAUGGGCGCGGCCAGCUCAUCCAGGCUGUCACUCGCUUCAGUCAGCAAAACGUACGAGACAGCAACAUCAAGUUCCUGGUCACGAGCCGGCCGUAUUACCAUAUUUACCGCGAUUUCCAGGGCAUUCAAAAGGACCUGUCGACCGUUCAUCUGAGUGGUGAAGGGGAGAAAGAAAUUGGGCAAAUUAGCAAGGAGAUCAAUCUCGUCAUUCAGAAACUGGUGGACGAUAUUGGCGAGGAGCGCGACUUGGGCGCCGAGCAACGCCAGCUUUUACUUGACAAACUGAUGCCGGUCUCCAACCGUACCUACCUCUGGGUGACUUUGACUAUCGAUGUGAUUCGAAAUAUCCCGGGCCUCAGCAAGGGGAACAUUCUCGAUGCUAUCAACCAGAUUCCAUCCACCGUCAAUGAUGCCUAUGAAAAGAUUCUCGGUAGAACCCGCGCGUCUGACCGAGCACGAAUCAUCUUACACGCCAUCCUCGCCGCAACGAGACCAUUAUCGGUCAACGAGAUGUCGAUGAUAAUGGCCAUCUACCAAUCCCGUCGCACAUCCGCUGACGCCCAGGAUUACCUCGAGUCAGGGGAGGAUUUCCAACAAACGCUGCGAGCGACCUGUGGUCUCUUCGUGGUUGUUAUUAAUUCGCGUGUAUACUUGCUCCAUCAGACUGCUAGGGCGUUCUUGCUCCGAUCCGAUUCUCUAUCGCAAUUGAAUAGUGUGCCCCGGGCUCAGUCCUGGGAGGGCUCCAUGGAUCUAGAGGACUCCAACCGACUGCUCGCUGAAACCUGUACAUUUAACCUGGCGUCAGGUCAGACACAGACAGUCGACGCACUCGAUGCAUAUUCCAUGGAUAAUUGGGUGGAACACUGCAAAGGAUGUCAUUUCACUGUUGACGACCCAAUAACCCCCCUUGCUGCCAAGCUCUGCUCAUCAAGGAGACAAGCCCAGUAUGAAUCUUCACUCAUGUUCGCCUAUCGUUCCGGCCUCGCCCCUGUGGUUGAAUAUUUGAUCAAGACCUACGGGAUGGGAGUUGGAAAGGACGGCCCGACUGCUCCCACGGUUUUAGCGAACGCCGCCCAGGACGGGAACAUAGAAGUGGUUCGUAUGAUCCUGGAGCAUUCAGUCGAUGCCUCUUCACGGACUAGUGCCUGUGUUGUUCCACUGUGGGUGGCAGUAAUGCGAGGGAACGUGGAUAUUAUCAACCUCUUUCUCGACAAUGGUGCAGAUCCGAACGUAAUUAACAGACUGGGCGAGUCCUGUCUAUUUUUCGCUGUAGCCAGUGGGAAUGACAAGGUGGUGGACCUUCUGAUCAAACGAGGAGCUGAGGUUAAUGCCCACAACUUGAUGGGUCAGACUCUUCUCUCUCUGGCGGAGGGAAAGGAAGCAAUCUGCAAAUUGCUUGUGGACAACGGAGCGAAAGUCGAUAAACACUCGGAAUAA